CGUUUAGCGCUAAACAUCUGAACUUUUCAUGGGCGAAAGAUGACUGCAGCUGUCGCUGAGGCAGAUCCGUUGGGCCCACGAGAGCGAACGCCAGUCACAUUAGCGGUGAGGAAGUCCUUGAAAAGAACGCAUGAUAUCUUCGUUGGAAAUGAAGAGCUCAAGCGUGUUGAGGACGGCCGAGGCACAGACAUGAUGCUCCGAAUGAAAAUGCAUGAUGAGUAUGAACACAUUCGGGAUGUGCCGGAACAGGUGACCGAUGAGAAUGCUGUGUUGCCAUUCCUGCGCAGCGCUCCUGCUGAUGAUGCGACAAGAGAGGCUCUGCCUUCAUCAAUCACGCAGAUGCUGACGGAUGGGGAAACUGGCCAAAAAUCUGGUCCUGCAGUCGGACCGGUGAUGCCACUAGUGCCCAAAGUUUCUGGAGAUCCUUCGACACAGAUUCAGGUGCGUCCCCUUCGAGAGCGUCCUGAAAUUCCGAAGCCCAUAUGGCAUCCACCGUGGAAGUUGAUGAGGGUUAUGUCGGGACACGAAGGCUGGGUACGUACAGUUGCAGUGGAUCCGACAAAUGAAUGGUUUGCAUCCUCUGGGAACGAUCGCCUCAUUAAGAUUUGGGAUUUGGCAAGCGGCACGCUGAAAUUGUCUUUGACAGGGCAUGUCAGCACAGUCCGGGCUGUGGCAAUUUCUGACAGGCAUCCGUACCUAUUCAGUGCUUCCGAAGAUUGUGAAGUGAAGUGCUGGGAUUUGGAGCAGAACAUGGUGAUUCGAAACUACCAUGGGCACCUUAGUGGCGUCUACUGCCUCGUUCUGCACCCCACCUUGAAUAUCCUUGCAACAGGUGGUCGAGAUGGUUCCGUGCGCAUUUGGGACAUGCGGACGAAGACUGGCAUUUUUGUAUUCACCGGUCACACCAAUGCCAUUUGCUCAUUGGCAUCACAGGCUUCUGAGCCGCAAUUCAUCAGCGGCUCCAUGGACAGAAUGGUUCGGCUAUGGGAUUUGGCAGCUGGCAAAUGUGCUGUUACAUUGACCAAUCACAAGAAGAGUGUGAGGGCUCUGGCAAUCCACCCGACGGAAUACACUUUUGUCUCGUGCUCUUCAGACAACAACAAGGUGUGGAAGUGUCCCAAAGGGGCUUUCGAGCGCAACAUUCAGGGCCACAAUUCCAUUGUCAAUUGCUGUACAAUCAGAGAAGGGCAGCAGGGCUCAUCACAGCUCAUCGCUGGCACGGACAACGGCUAUUUGCAUUUCUGGGAUUGGAGAAGUGGCCACAAGUUUCAGAGCUUGGAGGCCAUCCCACAGCCUGGCAGCAUGAGUGCAGAGAAUGCGAUCUUUGACAUGGCGCUAGACCAGAGCGGAAGCCGCCUAAUCACUGCGGAGUGUGACAAGACUGUCAAAAUCUACCGGGAGGAUCCCAAUGCAACUCCGGAAACGCAUCCUUUGAAUUGGAAGGCACCCAAGCUAAAUGCGGAUCACCGCUACUGAGCGUGGAGCAUGUCUGUUUGCCUACAACGCAGUCAACGAUCCGAGUUCGUGCCUGCACAAAAA